AUGUCUGACACAUUAGAACUCCUCAAAGUCAAAGAACAAGAACUUUUCCAAUUAAAAAACGAUUUUUCCGAGUAUCAAGAGAUGAGUAAAACCCUUGAAGAAGAAAUAGAGCGAGAGCUUGAAAUACAAAUUAAAUUAAAUUCAGAACUUUCAAAAGAAAAUGAAGCAUUAAAAGACGCCCUUGAUAAACUCAAAGUAAAUUUCAUAUAGACCGAACAAUAUGAAAAGAUUAAAGAGAUUGAAAAAAAUAAUAAUAAACUGAAGGAUGAAUUGUAUAGACUUCAGGAACGAAUUAUACUGGCUUUAAUUGAUUAAAAAAGGGCAAAAAAGUCUUAUAAAAAUUAAAAAAAUUAUAUUUUUUAUUAUUUAUUGAAAAUAAAUAUAAAACUUUAAUGAAAAAUAACAAAGAUUUAGAAACAGAGCUAGACACUGUAAUAGGAAAAUUACGAGAAAAAGAUUUCGAAAUUAACGAGUUAACAAAUAGUUAUCAUCAAACUCUUGAAGAUUUAGCGAUAACUUGUGCAGAAUUUGAAAAUCUUAAAGAUUAUAGUAAAGAAAAUACGCAGAGGCUUAAAGAUCAACUGAAUGAGCUAAGUCAAGAGCUUGAUAAUGCAAGAAGGAAAACAGAAAAUAUACGAAAUCGUGGCUUAAACGUUGAUAAUAAAAUUUUGCAGCCAAGCUUGAAAUCUUCAAUAGUUGGGAAGAGUGCAUUAGGUAUGGUAGAGAUGCUGCUUAUUCUCCCCAGCUAUAAUUGUGACUAGAGCAAACUCCUUUUGUGAUAAAAAUAUUUUUUUAUAAUUUUAUUUAUUAAAAAAAUAUUAUAAUUAUUAUUUAUUGAUUAUUGAUUAUAACUUUAAAAAUGAUUUAAAAGAUAAUAUCAACAUUUAUAAUUAAAAAAAUAAAUAAAUUUAUCAGAUUCAUCUACUGCUCUGAGCAAAUACUUAGUGGAUAGAGAGUUAGCGACUUAAAUGGAAAAUUUGUUCGAAGUAAUACGGAGGCUAAAAUAUAA